AUGGCGACCGUACGAAUAUGUCUAUGCGGUGACGAUGGCGUCGGCAAGAGCUCCAUCAUCACAUCUCUUGUCAAGGAUGUCUUCGUCACAGCCAAGAUCCAGGCUGUCUUGCCCCAGGUGACGCUACCGCCCACGCUCGGAACGCCGGAUAAUGUCACCACCACCAUCGUUGACACCUCUGCCCUGCCCCACGAGCGCCAUGCCCUCCGAAAAGAGCUGCGAAAAUCAAACGUCAUCCUGCUCGUAUACUCGGACCACUACAGCUAUGAGCGGGUAGCGUUGUUUUGGAUGCCAUAUUUUCGCUCGCUCGGCGUCAACGUGCCCGUGGUGCUCUGCGCCAACAAGUCCGAUCUGGCCUCCAAUGGUACCACAUCCCAAGUUGUGUCCGAGGAGAUGCUGCCGGUCAUGAACGAGUUCAAGGAAAUUGACUCGUGCAUCCGCGUCAGUGCCAAGGAGCAUCACAACAUCAACGAGGUCUUCUUCCUCUGUCAAAAAGCCGUGACACACCCGAUAGCGCCCCUAUACGACUCCAAAGAGAACGCUCUCAAGCCCGCGGCUGUAUCUGCCCUCCAGCGCGUCUUUCAUCUCUGCGACACAGACAAGGAUGGAUACUGGAACGAUCAGGAGAUUCACGACUUUCAGAUCAAGUGCUUUGAGAAGCCGCUCGGGGACGACGAUCUGGCAAAUAUCAAGCGAUCCAUGGAGCGAUUUGCACCCGGCGCUACUGGAGAGCAUGGCAUGGACGUAAAGGGCUUCUUGCUACUGAACAAGAUUUUCGCAGAGAAAGGCCGUCACGAGACGAUUUGGAUAAUUUUGAGAAAAUUCCACUACACCGAUAGUCUGAGUCUCCAGGAUACCUUCUUACACCCCAAAUUCGACGUUCCCCAGUUUUCUUCGGCUGAACUGAGCCCAUCCGGGUAUCGCUUCUUCGUCGACCUCUUUCUGAAGUUUGACAUGGACAACGACGGCGGAUUGAACGACAGGGAGCUUGCUAACCUCUUCGCGCCCACGCCUGGCAUGCCCCCGUCUUGGGUCGACUCGGCGUUCCCAUCAUGUACAGUGCGCAACGAGGCAGGAUACAUCACAUUGCAGGGAUGGCUGGCUCAGUGGAGCAUGACUACCUUUGAAGAGCCAAAAACGACGCUGGCCUAUCUAGCCUACCUAGGCUUCGAAAGCGGGGACCGCGGGGGAACAACGAGCGCACUAAAAGUCACCAAGGCUAGGAAACGACGGAGGAAGCCGGGGCGGGUGGAGCGGAACGUUUUCCUCUGCUACGUACUAGGCUCCAGCGGAAGUGGAAAGAGCGCCUUGCUGUCGGCCUUCCUACAGCGCCCCUUCAGUCAGACAUACCACCCGACGAUUAAACCGCGUUCGGCCGUCAACAGCGUCGAGCUGAAGGGUGGCAAGCAAUGCUACCUGAUCAUGGAGGAGCUUGGCGAGCUCGAGCCUGCCAUUCUGGAGAACCAGGCUAAGCUGGAUGCGUGCGACUUGCUGUGUUACACGUACGACUCGAGCGAUCCUACCAGUUUUGCGUAUAUCGUCGAGCUGCGGAAAAAGUACCCGCUGCUGGACCAGUUGCCAGCAGUAUACACGGCAUUAAAAGCAGACCUCGACAAGACGAUGCAGCGCUGCGAGCAACAGCCCGAUCAGUACACGAGCGCGCUAAGGAUGGCGCCGCCACUACAUGUCAGUACAACGUGGAACAGCAUUUCGGAGCUAUUUGUCCAUCUGGCCGAGAGCGCGACACACCCGUCGACGGCGUUCCCCAAGCAGGAGGAAGACGAGUACGAUUACUUGAAUCUCUACCUGACGCUAGGUGCAGUCACGUGCGCAGUAGCAUCCGCAGUGUUCAUCUGGAAGCGCAAGAGCGGGGCUUGGUGA